UGGCGGCGGGCAGCGCGGCACGUGCGGCGGCGGGUCCCGGUGCGGCGGCGCGGCCAUGGGGCGCAAGCUCGACCCCAGCAGGAAGGAGAAGCGCGGCCCCGGGCGCAAGGCCCGCAAGCAGCGCGGCGCCGAGGUGGAGCUGGCCCGCUUCCUGCCGCCAGAGCCCGAGGCCGGCAGGAAGAGGCUCUCCGCGCACGGCAGGAGGAGGGCUGCGAAGAGGCGGCUGGGAGCGGGCAGCGGCCCGGCCGGGCGGAGAGCAGGAGCGGCGGCAGGAGCAGAGCGAGAGCCGCCGGCUGAAGAGCAGGUGUCCCCACAGAAGGACAAACGUGCUGUAAAGGCAGCAGGACAAACUGCCCGUGGCCGUUCCGGCUUCAGUGAUAGCAAUUCCAAGUGGCUGGCUCCAGCCAAAGCCAAGAAAACCCAGCCAAAAGGGAACCAUGUGGAAUUAUCCAGUGAUGGUGAGGUGGAAGAGGGCUGGGAGAUGGAGGAGGAGGAUGGGAGCAGCGAGGACAUGGUGGACGAUUAUGGUGCCUCAUCAUCAGAGGAAGAAGAGCUGCUGCCUAUUGAAAAAGCUGCCCUGAAGCAGAAGCCUGAGAGGGAAGCCCUCAGUGAAGAUGACAGCGAAGAGGAAGAGGAGGAGGAAGAGGAAGCAGAGGAGGCAAGCAAGCAGAAAAUGGGACAGAAGGAAGAAGAGGGCCCAGAUCUGCAGCUCAACCUGGAUAUAGAUGAGCAAUUUAAACUGCCAACUAGUGAAGAGAUUGAGAAGGAGGCUGCCGAGCCCCCUGACCUGCACGUCAUUCACCAGCGCAUCCAGGGCAACAUGGAGGUGCUGCAGGACUUUGGGGUGAAGCGGGAGGAGGGGCGCUCCCGGCAGGAAUACCUGGCGCUGCUGCGCCGGGACAUGGCCGCCUACUACUCCUACAGCGACUUCCUGCUCACCAAGCUCAUGGACAUCUUCCCGCUCCCUGAGCUGGUGAACUUCCUGGAGGCCAACGAGGUCCCGCGCCCUGUCACCAUUCGCACCAACACGCUGAAGACGCGGCGGCGGGACCUGGCGCAGGCUCUCAUCAACCGUGGCGUGAACCUCGACCCCCUGGGGAAGUGGUCGAAAACGGGGCUGGUUAUUUAUGACUCCACUGUGCCCAUCGGUGCCACCCCCGAGUAUCUGGCUGGACACUACAUGCUGCAAGGAGCCUCCAGUCUUCUCCCUGUCAUGGCACUGGCUCCGCAGGAGAAUGAGCGCAUCCUGGAUAUGUGCUGUGCUCCAGGAGGCAAGACCAGCUACAUAGCUCAGCUUAUGAAGAACACAGGGAUGAUCCUGGCUAAUGACAGCAACGCCGAGCGGCUGCGUAGCGUGGUGGGGAAUUUGCACCGCCUGGGAGUCACCAAUGCUGUUGUGAGUAACUGCGAUGGACGCCAGUUCCCCAAGGUGCUUGGAGGGUUCGACCGUGUCUUGCUUGAUGCUCCUUGUAGUGGAACGGGUGUCAUUUCCAAGGAUCCUGCUGUCAAAACCAACAAGGAUGAGAAGGAUAUCCUGCGUUGUGCCCACCUGCAGAAGGAGCUGAUUCUUAGCGCCAUAGAUUCGGUCAAUGCUGCCUCAGAGACAGGGGGCUACAUUGUCUACUGCACUUGCUCCAUCAUGGUGGAGGAGAACGAGUGGGUUGUGGAUUAUGCCCUGAAGAAACGCAAUGUCCGUUUGGUGGCCACGGGCCUGGACUUUGGCAAGGAAGGCUUCACCAGGUUCAAGGACCGUCGCUUCCACCCGUCCCUCAAGUCCACGCGUCGUUUCUACCCCCACACGCACAAUAUGGACGGCUUCUUCAUCGCCAAGCUCAAGAAGUUCUCCAAUGCCAUCCCGCAGGCACAGAAAGAUGAAGAGCCUGCUGUGGAAGCGGCAGCUCCGUCCGCUGUCCCUGAUACCACCAUCACGGAGCCUCCGCCCAAAAAGAAGAAACUUGAGGGAUCAAAGGCUGACAAAGAGCAGAAGCUGCCCCAUCCUGCUUUGAAGAAGAAGCGUUCAUUGCAAGCCCAGAGGAGACCCUUGAAGGCUGUCCGGCCUUCCCCCAAAAUGAUGCGGCCUAAAGUCCCUACCAGGAAGAAGAAGCACAGAGUGAAAGCGAAUGGACAGUGAGAGGAACUGCUUUUCCACGUGUUGGUCCCUUCCUUGGAGAGCAAAGGCUGCUGCAGCUCUGUGUGUACCCCCACUUUGCUGCUCUGUGCAGAUCAUCUCUGCAGCUCUGAGCACCUGGGACAGUCAUAGCCCCCUUUGCAUCAAGGACUGAUGCACUGACCCAUUAAAAGUUUUAUACUCUUGCUCAA